UUUGUUUAUUACAACUCAUCCGAAAACCCCAACAAACAUGCAACACACAAAAGCGCGCACACACACACACCCACUUCUCUUCAUUGUUUGCUUCUUUUGAUUCACCUGUCUCCAUCUUCCGCUUAGAUCGGAUCUUCCAAUACCGCCAUAGUCAUCGACAUCACAAACCCACAAAAUCAAGAAAGAAAGAGAAAGACGGGGGAGAUGAGAUAGAACAAAAAACCCAACAAACAGGACGCAAGGAGGAGGGAAAAGGGUGCCGUGGUAGUUCCAUAAUCUGGGGCAUUCUUGAUGGCUUGAAUUGUUGUGUUUCAUGGUGAAAAUUGGGUUCUUGAUAAAGGGCUGUUUGUUGUUGUUGAUUGGAUAAAGGGAUAAAUGGGAAAUGUGACGUCAAGCGUGGCUGCAAAGUUUGCGUUUUUCCCACCUGAACCACCAACGUAUGAGGUGUACAAAGAAGGGGAUGGUGGGAGGCUGGUGAUGAGUGGGUUGACGGCUGAUAAGAACGUCGACGUUCAUUUGCUGGAUACGAAAGGAGGAAAUAAGAUUGUAGCCACCUUCUGGAAGCACCCGGCGGGGAGGUUCACCAUAUUGUACUCCCAUGGCAACGCUGCUGAUUUGGGGCAGAUGCAAGAGCUCUUCAUUGAGCUCAGAGCACAUCUCCGUGUCAACAUCAUGAGCUAUGAUUAUUCUGGAUAUGGAGCAUCUACUGGUAAGCCAUCAGAGUUGAACACAUACUAUGACAUUGAGGCUGUCUAUAAUUGUUUGAAGAGUGAGUACGGGAUCAAGCAAGAGGAUGUAAUUCUGUACGGCCAAUCUGUUGGGAGUGGUCCCACGUUACAUCUGGCUGCUCAGUUUCCACGGUUAAGAGCUAUUGUUCUUCAUAGUGCAAUUCUUUCAGGCAUACGAGUUCUGUAUAAUGUUAAGGUGACGUUCUGGUUCGACAUUUUCAAAAAUAUAGACAAAAUCAGGAAUGUCAGCUGCCCGGUUUUGGUCAUACAUGGUACGAACGACGAUAUUGUUGACUUGUCCCACGGCAAGAGAUUAUGGGAGCUCGCAAAAGAGAAGUACGAGCCAUUAUGGGUCCAAGGUGGAGGGCACUGUAAUCUUGAAACGUUUCCGGAGUACAUUAAACACUUACGGAAAUUUGUAAACGCAAUGGAGAAACUCUCCUUCUCAAAGAGGGGCAAGGCCCGCUCCGCUCCUGCCACAAACAUGUCGGAAAUCAAACACAACAAAUGCUUGAGAUUUGGUAAAAGAUAACCGUUGCAUGAAGACAGUCUUACUGGCGUACCAUUGUGGGAAGUGUUCGAACUCAUUUGAUUGCUUCCAAGAACUUGACUCAACACAGCAGCUGCUGAGCUUAUAGGGAAGCAAUACUUACAAACAUUGCAGCUUUUUGAGAUCCAGUGCCUGCUGAAUCAGCAAAUGGAUCUUUUCCUGACAGAGAACGACGAUUGGAAGUUCCGCUCACAUCAAGGUAUGGUUUAUUUCCAUAGCAUUGGAGUUUUCAUGUAUACUAGGAUGUCAAGGUUUAGCUGCAAAACUUAGUGUAAUAGAUUGUUAACGUCUUGCGGGGCGAGGUGCCCCCUUAUUCAUCAUCCUUGUGAAGCAAACAAUGGAUAUGAACCUUUGCUCUUUGCACAUCAAAUUCUCCUUGUUUUGAUGUUCAAACAUUUA